AUGGCUAUUCCCACCGCUCUAAAGUGCCGCACCCGCAAGAACCUUACCCCAGCCGAGCGUGCUGAAGUUAUCGCCUACCUCCUGAGUGUUAGUACCGAGCUAUCCCCUCCUCAAGGCGCCAUUAAAGCUUGUGCGACUAAAUACGCUUGUGGAGACGCUCAGAUCUCGCGAUUGUGGCGUCGAUCGGUUAAGGCCAUUCAAGCAGGAGCUCCUAUCGACUACGAGAGCGGUAGAAAGGGUCGAAGUGGCCGCAAGUCGCGGUUGACGUCGGAGUUCCGCGUCCAGCUCAACGAGGCCAUCGAACUUAUUCCCCUGGAAGACAGAACCGACAUCCGUACUUUGGCGAGUAGUCUCGGUAUUGCAAAGUCUACGUUACACGACUACUACCAGGCUAAGUUCGGUUCAGUUGAAAUAAGUAAUGGAUACACGCACUUAAUUCUUAUAUUUCCGGACAACAGAAUUACAAGGACUGCCUUAUAUUUUCGGACGGAGGAAGUAUUUGAUUAG